GUAAAGUAAUAACGAACUGUGAUCGACUCAUCAUGGCAUCAUGCAGUGCUGAGAAAAGCAACGUUGGGCCAUUAAGCCCCGCCUUUUUGUUUGGCAUUCUUCCGUGUUAUUUAAUUUCUUCGGAUAAACAAAUGCCUCCUACAAGUGUACAAGUGUUUCCUCUUCUACACGUUAUGCAUGUUGCUCAUUUAUAGGUUAAAUUCCACAUUGUUACUCGCGUAGUAUUUUAUGGUGGAUGUACAUUUUAAUCCGGCGUUUUCUACGGGCAGCUGAGCUGGGGUCUUUUCUGUGGGUCCUCAGUCAACGUGCUGCGGAACGUUUGUAUGUGCGACGAAUUGAUGGACUUGUUUUGGUUACGCGUUUUUUAAUUUUUGACGUAUUGUGAAAAGUUGCGGGAUUUCGCUGAUAUUAUUUAAGUUUUACCAUGAUGCCGGGAGAGAACCAGUCAAAAGUCGGAGGAAUCGCCUCUGAUGCGACUUCAGGCACUUGUCAAAACUGCACUGUUUUGAAUCAGAGCUUGGAUGAAUACGUGGCUGCUUUAUUAACGCUUAAGCAGAAGAUCAUUGACACUGACCUUCUUUUGAGUGAAUUCAAAGAGAAGUGUGAUGAGCUUCAAAAAUCACAGAGAGAGAGCAGCAAACUGCACAGACAGCUGGAUGAGGUGCUGCUGAAGCUGGAGCCAUUAGAGAAACAGACAGCGGAAUAUGAACACAUAAAGACUGAGCUGGAGAAGACAAAGGGUGAUUUGAGAUGUUAUCAGCAGAAGUGCGAAGAGGUGGAGAAACUUCGAGCUGACAAUGACGAGACACUCAUUCUGAAAGGAAAAGUUGAAGAAUCCCUAAGAAAUGCUGAAGACAUGGUGCAGAGGCAGAUCCUGGAGAAUGAGAAACUCAAGGUUCAACAGAAAACUUUAGAAGAGAAUCUGCAGAAAACUCAGGACUCCCUGCAGAAAUAUCAGCAGGCGACUGAAGAUCUUGAGAAUCUGAAGCUGGACAAUGCCAAGACACUGAUUUUGAAGGGAAACCUCGAGAAUGAACUUUUGGUGCUAAAAGAGACAACAUUUCAACAGAACAGUGAAAUCACAGACAUAAAGAAUGAGAAAAGAAGGCUUGAAGAUAUUCUUGACAAAACACAGCAACGGCUGAACACACUUGAACAAGAGUUCAACAAAGAGAAAAGGACUACGUCUUCUCAGACGGAGACUGAACUACACAUUGACAAAGACAAAGUCAGAAUGCUUCUGGAGGAGCUCUGGCAUUGUGUGGAGCCUUCAUCACAAACCCAUGAACAAUUGCUUCGCACUGGAGACCCUACACCUUUGAAAAAACAAUUUCCACCUCAACCUCAACCAGUGUUUGCCAGUCCUUUAAGAAAACAGGUUUCUUGUCAAUCUCCAGAGAAGCUUUUCAGUCCAAAAACUCACCUGCUGUAUUCAAAACGUUCAACCCCCACACUGAAGGAGUCCCCUAAGAUCAGCAGAACUAAAUCAUCAGAACUAAAUUCACCUCAGAACAUCAUAAAGCACAAUAAGGAACAGCAAUGCAGUAUGCCAAGCAGAAAGAGAAAAAUAAACUCUGAUGAGCUGGAACAGGUGAACUCUUGGACUAAUGAAAUUUAUGAAUCCUCACAGAAGGAAAUAAACAAUGAAGACUUGCUACGUGGAGAUCUUUACACAGAUUUGGAAGACAUUAAAGAGUUGUUUACACCUUUGCCUUCCGUUUUAUCACCUUUGCAUAGUCCUUUAAUGAUGGAUGGCUCAAAUGAUGAUAUGCCAGAGUUAGAAAAUGUGCUAGAAAAUCACCUGGAAGCACAAUCAGACAUCCAAAUGAUUAAAAACACAACAUCAUUACAUUCAGAUGUCAAGAGCCAGAAGUCAUUGCUGGAUAGAGAAGUAGAAAAGUCUUAUGAUCACUUCUCUCCGUUUACUCAUCUGAACCCAAAACCGGUUGCUGAUCUGGAUGUUGUAAACACAUCAUCCGAGAGCCAACACAUGGAGGUGGAGGAUGUAUCGGAAAUAAACAAAACUCUAAAUCCGACUGCACAGCUCGGUGUAGAAAAUUUGCACACACUGGAGAGUUCCUUAGAAGAUGAUGCAAAACAAACUGUGGAAGAGAGUUUCCUGUUGAAUGAAAAUGGUGACACAACACAGCUCGAGGAAACUUUAAUUUCUCAACAGCAUGUGGAACCUGACCCAACGUCCAUCGCUUUGGUUGAAACUGCAGAAUGCAAACAUUUUCAGAGACAAUCUAAUGUAUCAUUGAUGUCUAAUCUAAACCGUGUUAAAACAAAUGAUGUAAACUGUAGUAAAUUAGAAGAGAACGAGGAAUUAAAAUCUCAUGCUCCUCUGGAAAUUAGGACAGUUGCACAUAUAUCACAUGACAUUCAAAAUAAUCAGAAUAGACAAACCAACAAGUUAACAAAUGAGGACACAAGUUCAAUGCUUAUAGAAUCUGGGAAAGGUUCAGAUGAGAGGAAAAAUGAAGGUAUUUCCCCUUUCAAGAUUUCAAAGGAUGAAGAAUCUUCAUCAGAGGAUGAGGGGUUCUUUGGUUUGAAGAGGAAGGUAAGGGGGGUUCGGUCAAGGUCCGAGGCAAAGAUCUCCUCAGAAGAGCAGGAUGAUGUUUCUGAGAGUGUGCAGCGCUCCUCUGCAAAGCAACUGUUUGAAGAUGAGCAUCAAGGGUUGCAUUCUGAGAGCACAGAGACCUGUCAAUCUGGACUUUCCACAGAAACCAUAAGCCAUGAUGAUGAACAAGAGGCUAAACCACCAGAUAAUAAAACAACUAUUAGCAAAAGUCAGUCAAGUAGCAGUGAAGAUAUUCAUGGAGCAGAUGAUUCCGAGAAUCUCCAAAACACAUCAUUGCAGACAAAUGACAAAUCCCAUCAAAACGUGGAGAUGUCAGUUGAUGACCUGAGCUCUGGCAUUGAAAGUUUGGAAAGUAAUGUUUACAACCACAAGGUAACAUCAAGAGACUCCGCAGAGGAUUGUCCAGAGGACAUCAGCACAAUGUGCCACAUUACUCCUGAUCCAGAAACGUCUAACUCUUCUGAAAAAGAUGGAACUAUUUCACUUGUUCCAGAUCUCGACACAAAAACUUCUUUAACACCGCCCCUAUAUUUUUCUCUUGGAAGGGUUCGGACAGAGAUGGGUCCACCACUACCUCCAGUUGUUAUGCCGCUGACUGCUACUCCUCCAAGAAUUGCAAGACAUCACACCCCAUCAAAGCCUACAAGAUUAGCAUCUGAUGCACCAAAGUCUCCUGAGAAGCCAACUUCAGUGCCUGCUAUCGAUUCAGCACUUUCAGAUGCAUCGAAAAUGUCUCCGUGUUUGACCACUCCAUCACCGUCCUGUGGCGUUCCAUCCUCGCCACUGCAGUUUGGAUCAGCUACUCCAAAACAUGCUGUUCCGGUCCCAGGAAGACUGCCGACAUCUGCCUUAUCGUCCUCGCCUCCCGCUGCUUCUCAGGAAAAUUCCAUGCAGAUGCUGGAUACCAUGUAUCCCGAGCUGUCGGCACGAGCCCGCACUUUAAACAUACUCCGUGGAAAUGUAAACCUGAAUAGAAGUGGAAACGAAAAUGGUGCAUCCCCUACAUCUGUCAACCAGAUAUCAGGAAACAAAACGAUUAGUUCCUCAUCCACAGCUUUUACCAAAACAGAGCAAAAACCAAAAAGGACAGGGGUGAACAUGCUUUUACCAAAGAGUGCUAAAAGACUCCGACUUGACAACUGUUCGCCUGCACCAGGUGUUGUUUCUCCCGCAGAACAAGUGACGGUUCAUCAACCAGCCCUUUACUCCGCUGAACCUCCCCAAGAAAUACAAAACAAUCUGAAAAUAAAUGAAAAACCAGAUGCCAAGAAAAAUGGCAAACAGCUCCAGAUCUCCCAAGCCCUGGCCAAAAUAGGGAUCUCGUGUUUUGAAGUGUUGCCUGUUGUGAAGAGCCAUGUGUUUCUUGGGAGAAUAUCUCAGGAACCGAUAUUGAUUGAUGAAGAAAAGGCUGUGAUCGCUGAUUUUUGUAAGGAUCAGUCCUCAAUGGAAGACCUCAUGUCUGCCAUACUGACAAAACUAAAAACGGAGCGGAGCAGUCUGAGAUUAUCAAAUCUGCAAGCUCUCUGUAGAGUCUACGCAGGUUUGUGUCGCCAGAUUGGAGAUUAUCAAAAAGCCCAUUCCUUUGCCUACAGCAUCCUCAGAGAGGCAGAUUUUCCUGACGCCUGUAAACUUAUUUUAUUUAUGGUUACAACAUGGCCAAGUGUGCUGUUCCAUGAGACUACCUUGUGCAGAGCCAUCCACAUUGUGACCAAGUUAAAAGCAGAAGGAGACAUUUUGGAGUACCUCACAAAAUAUCUGCACUGGGAUAAGAGCCCCCCAUGUGAUAUUUAUGACAUGAUCAGCAGUACACUGAAAACACUUCGAGAGGAUAAAGAUUUGACAUUUCAGAUGCAUCAUCGACACGGUCAUGACCUUUGUCCUGCCACAUGGGAAUGCAUAUUCACAUUGGAUCUCCUGUGUACACAUUUGAAGUGGAAAUGGACACAUGACGUUGUAAUUGGCAAAGAGCUCUGGCCCAUCAUGAACACAUGGAUAACACAGCCGAGGCCCCUACAAACCCCAAUCCGGGAUGUUUCUGUAGCAGCUGUUCUCAGAUUAAUUGGACGACUCGGUCAGUUAGGGAUAAAGGAGAAUCUAUUCAAAUCAGUGCAAAAUGUUGCAAGAGCCAUAAACCUCUUUGGCAAACACGGUAUUUUAGAAGGUGUUCCAAAUCAUGUGCAGUUAUCUGCUGUCUAUGCAAUUUAUGACCUGGCACCCUGUAACCCUAAAGAUGCCCUGGAGGCUCUGGCAUCAUGGAGGAGUGAGACCUCGCAACCAGUUCCCUCUGCUGUGACCAGCUGCAUAACCCAGAUCGCAUCUCUCUGCCGACAAAUGAAGUCCUGAAACUGUAUUUUUAACCGUGCACUUGCAUUUCUUUUAUGAAAGACGAUAUCCUGAAAAUGUGACUGAACCAGAAUCAAGGCAUUACAUGCUAUAGAAAAUCUGUAUUCAUUUAUUACAGUAAAACUGAAAAUUCUUGUACAUUUGUGUAUAUCGUGUAUGUAGAUUAAAGACAAUUAACUUUA